AGUUGUCUUUACCCUUGGGAUCCAAAACAAACGGUAUUUUUGCCCGCAACCACUUCAUGUGGGUUUUUAAUGUUGCUAUCUCUGAAAUUUCCCGACUCACUUCUCCCUAUGCAGGUGACCCGGAACCAAGCGUUGACGAAAACAAAUUCACUCUUUUGGGUUUCCUAUUUUGUCCUUUUUGUGACCGUGUCCGGUUGACUUUGAACUAUCACAAGAUUGAGUACGAACAAAUCCUGGUCUCGUUGUAUGAUAAGCCAGAGUGGUUCACCAAUUUAUCGCCGUCGGGCAAAGUACCGCUGUUGUUGAACAGAGGUGAUCGUUUGACCGAAUCGGACUUGAUAAUGCGGUUUGUGGAUGAACUCCGAGGACCGGAUGCAUCGUUGUUGAAAGUUUGUGGAUUAGAGAAAUUCAACGAAGCGGCGGAGCUAUCAAGUAAAUUCUUCAAACCAGCGCACACCAUCCUGUUCAAACCGUCGUUUGAUGAACAAACUGCGGCUGCCUUUCGCGAAGCGUGUGAGGCCUUGUGUACCGUGUUGAAGAAGGACUACUUCGCUGGUGACCAACUCAGUCUUGCUGACUUGGUUCUCUUCCCUAUGAUUGAUCGAUUAGAAGUGAUUUUGUGUCAACUGAAUGGUCAACCUCCUGAGUCUGUGACUGAAUACAAACCAGAUCAAUCUGCUGAGUAUCCUGCGCUGGUUAACUAUUUGUCACGACUUCGACAAAUUUCUUGGAUUGCCUCGAUUCGCCAGCCGCUUCGCGUGGUCUCCAUGUUCUGUGCGUCAGUUAGGGCUGGAAAACCAAAUCUUGAGAUUGCCUAGUUCUUCCAGUCCGGCUUUCAUUCCUUUCGCCGUGUUGUUGUUACCAUAUUCACCUAGAUCUCUCGAGUUGGCCCUUUCCUUCCAUUCCGCUUGUCCGACAACCUCAGUGGUUUUUAUUUUCGCUUAUCUUUGUUUGCCUUUGUUUACUGUCGUCUUUUGUCCGUCUUUGAUUGUUCACGAAUUUUGUUUUGCCUUUGUUUAAUGUCGUCUUUUGUCCGUCUUUGAUUGUUCACGUGUGUAUUUCGUGAAUAAACGUGCCUAGUUGUGACCAA